CUGACCCUGCCAACCUCUGACCCUGCUCCCUUUGACCUCUGACCCCUUUCAGGGGUUGCUGAGACCUUCUGAAAGGGAUUCCCCAAAUCUCCCCCCCCGCCCCAGUCUGGUCGGAGGUGCGGAGAGCAGCAGGAAGCUUCUCCACCUCCGGUGCCCCCGGCAGGGACAGCACCUCCCAGCACCACCUCAGCGGGGAAAAGGAGCAGUCCUGUAAGAGACAGUUGGAGAAUAACAACAGUUUGGAGGUGAUGAAUGUGUCGGAGGCGUGACCCGGCUGAGCUGCAUCUGGGUGUUGAAGAUCCUCCUGGUCCAGGUUCCUGUCCUCUCUGUCAGGACGGAGGAGCAGUGAGGGGGAUCAUCUCUAUAUAUGGAGGGCCACUGCUUGACCCAACCCAAGUAGCCCCUCCGCCUCUCCUGUCAUUGGUCAAGUCUCACCCCGCCCAUUCGAUCCCCCGGGCGAUCAGAGAAACAAGGCGGCCGGUCCUCUCCUCUCCCAGGCGCGGUCCGAUUGGCGAGGGCGGCGAGGGCUGCGCUGUGAUUGGCCGACUGCGGGCGGGAGUGCGAUGCGGAUUGGAGGAUGUCAGGUGACUGGGAUGAAGACCUGUGCAGGAAGGCCCUGGUGCUGGUGGAGGAGCUGUGCUUCGACUCCCCAGGAGUCUACAGCAAGAGCGAACGCUGCCAGGAGUUCAGCUAUCUGAUGAGAGGACAAAACCGUCAGCAGGAUGCAGAGAUCAACGUCAGUCUCCUCUCUGUGAUCGUCACAUUCUGCGGCCUCGUUCUUCUCUCCGUCUCUCUCUUUGUCUCCUGGAAACUCUGCUGGUUGCCAUGGAGAGACAAGGAGGGCGGGGGGCUGAGCCUGAUGUCGGGGCUAAUGCCAGGGGGCGGAGGGGUGGGGGGGCUGGGAGGGUCGGGGGGCGCCUCCCUCCUGCCCCCCCUCCUGCAAAGGAAGGAGACCCACUCGUCCUCCUCUCUGUACCCCUCCCUGGGCCAGCCGGGGCAGCAUCACCCCCCAUUCUCUGACCUGCUGGGGGUUGAGAGGGGCGAGGGGGUGGGAGGCGUGGGGGUGGGGGGUGUGGUGGGGGGGCCACAGGAGACACAGGAACACUCCUACCUGGAUAUGGAUACCUACCCCAACAACACAGGGAACCUGAAGCUGACUCAGAUGUCUCCAGACCUCCCUGCAGAGGGGGGUGCUGCUCUGCCCCAUGUCCCUUCACAGCAGCAGGUCACUGCACGGCCCAAGCCAAUGACUCACCAGCUGUCCAGCCCAGACUUCCACGGUGAGGAGAAGAGCGAGCAGGUGACCAGCAUCGGCCAGAUCAAGCCUGAGCUGUACCGCCUACGGCAGGGCGACCAGGGCGACGGCAAGCAGGGCGACAACUGUGGCAAGAUUAGCUUCCUGCUGCGCUACGCCUUCAAUACGGAGCAGCUGGUGGUGAAGAUUCUGAAGGCUCUGGACCUGCCAGCCAAAGACGCCAACGGCUUCUCUGACCCCUAUGUGAAGAUCUACCUGCUGCCAGACAGAAAGAAGAAGUUCCAGACCAAGGUCCACAGGAAGACCCUGAACCCGGUGUUUAACGAGACGUUCCAGUUUGGGGUUCCCCUGGCGGAGUUGCACUCCAGGAAGCUGCACUUUUCUGUGUACGACUUUGACCGCUUCUCCCGGCACGACCUGAUUGGCCAGGUGGUGGUGGACAACCUGCUGGACUUCAGUGAGGGCACCGGGGAGAAACCUGUCUGGAGGGACAUCGUGGAGGGCACCGUGGAGAAGGCAGACCUAGGGGAGCUGAACUUCUCCUUGUGUUACCUCCCCACCGCUGGCAGACUCACUGCCACUGUCAUCAAGGCCACCAACCUCAAAGCCAUGGAUCUCACCGGCUUCUCAGAUCCGUAUGUGAAGGCCUCCCUGGUCUGUGACGGCCGCAGGCUGAAGAAGAGGAAGACCUCCAUCAAGAAGAACACGCUGAACCCCACCUACAACGAAGCCCUGGUCUUCGACAUCCCCAACGAGAACAUUGAGAGCGUCUCCAUUCUGAUCGCAGUGAUGGAUUAUGACUGUAUUGGUCAUAAUGAGGUGAUAGGGAUGUGUCGUGUGGGCAGUGAUGCUGAGGGUCCAGGGAGGGAACACUGGACAGCCAUGCUGGCCAACCCCCGCAAGCCCAUAGAGCACUGGCAUCAGCUUGUAGAGGAGAAAACCAUGAACACGUACGUGGCGAAGGCUGCCCCGGCCGCGUCUCCUAAGCCCCACAUCGUGGUGGACAGCCCUCACUCAGAGUAGACCUGUCGUUGUCUGUCCAGUUCCAGACCUUCAUUUCUUUCCACUCAUCUGUGAUUCAUUCUGAGAGAGAGGCUUGGAAACACAUCAACUGCUCGUGCUCCUAAACCCUCCUCCGAGCCGACGGCCCAGAUCACAGGCUGGGCACCAGCUCCACGUAGAAGAUUACACUACACAUACACAAUCAUACACAGAUACUAAGUCAUUCAUAUUAGGAGUAAAGUAGGUACAGUAAUGAGAUAAGAAAUAUCACACAGUGGACACACACACACACACCACUCAAAACAGGUUUGUAGUUAGUGUGUGGUUCAGGUUAUUACUGGUAAUUCAUCCAGAAGAUAAGAUGUACAUUUCUCCUUUCAAAAAACCAAAUAAAAAGCUAAGAGACUGAAAAUGGGCCAAAAACGAUCCUGCACUUGUACAAACGUAGAAAGGAAAAAAAAAUACAUGUGGAUAUUUUCUGUUGCAACAGUAGUGAGGAGGUGUAUGGUGCCGUAGUGGAAAAGUGUUCCGUGUGUUCCGUGUUUUCAUCAUCAGGACAAACUUCAGGUUCCAGGGACUCCAGGCAGUUUUAGAUGCCUGGUUCAGGCUCUCUGGAUAAAUACUUCUCCUUGUUGAAGUCUUGGUCUACUGGUUCCUCCUGGUUCCUCCUGGUUCCUCCUGGUUCCUCCCGGCAGAGGAGGGAACCCAUCGGAGGUCAUUAUUGAUGUCAGGAGAGGUAGAUGUGUGGAUGGACCCAUUAGCCAAAGCAUGUUAGGUAACCUUGAAAUGUGUCUCUCCGCCUCACCUUUUAUUCCCCCUCUCCAUGGGAAUCAUCAAUAUCAAUUUGCUUUUAUUUUUCUAUUUAUUCAUUUGGGGAUUUGUGUAAUAUAUUUUCAUCAAGAAAGGAUUUGACUCAUGACAGUUUUUUACUAUUCACUGAAGAUGAGACAGUCUUGGAGGCCUGAACAAUGUGAUCGCCUGUGUGUGUGUGGAAGGAGUCUUGCCAUCUGGCCACACUGAAGAGGACUCCUUCAGGGAGCUGUGAUUAGGAUGGACCUGCACUUUUCUGAGUGCAUUCACUGGAAAUGUAUCCUACUUCAAAGGAUUUCAUCAUAUUAUUUUUCUAUCAUUCCAGGAUUUCAUUUUUUUGAAAGACAUUAUUUGAUUUGAAAAGAGAAAAAAAAUUGUCUGUCGUCCAUCCAUGUUUCUGACAGGACAACAAGUUCAGAAGGACACAAGCAUUUGUGUUGCUUUUUAUUUCCGUGUAUUUCCGUGUUUGUGGGUGUGUUUUGUAUCUGUGUGCGUCUGCCUGUGUGUCCGUGUCAUCGUGACCUUGUGUGUGACAUGUUCCCGUGGUCUCCUCAUCCUCCUCAUCCUCCUCAUCCUCCUCCCCAGCAUCCACAGACUCCAACUCUCGUCUUGGAACUAAGUGUGUCGUCUGUCCUGUGUCUUAGAGGAACCAUUCCUGUGUAGGACCCAUUGCACUCGCUGGGAAGUGUGGUUUUCCCUCAUGUGAGGGGUUUGUCUCUCAUAGACAUUAGGUCUUACAGUCUAUGUUGUCUCUCGACUCAGCAGUCAGUCACCUCUUGCCUGAUGUAAGUAAUUGUGUUGGUUGUGUACUACUUUCAAUAAAUGUGUACUGUAUGUCUGAGGAGAAAUCAGUCGGCACGACGGUUGAAAAAUACAAUGUUGGAAACGUUUUGAUGACAUAAACCAAGGAAGAGGUUCCGCAGGCGUACAGUUUUACAGAUGACUGCAUCUACUUUGUGUCCCUUUGAGAUCCAUUUAAACAAGGAGAUGGAGAGGCAGACAUGUCUGUUGACUCACCUAACCAGACAAGACAACCUCCUAAACUCCAGCUCGUCCUCCCAGAGCGUUUGAUCUGACCUUCUGUGUGUGGUUACAGAACCAUGUCUACUGCUCUAGAAGAUACUCUGCCAAACAGGAUAUAUUUGCCAACCACAAUCCUGUAACCCCAGUAAAACAAUAGCUACCACAGGAUACUAAAACCAUACUGAAUUACUAUCGCUGCCUCUCCUCAUCCUCCUCUCACUCUUUCAGACAGGGAGUCAGUUGCAUUCAGGCCAGGGAAGGGGAGACGUGCUGGUCGUAUGCUUGGUGGGAAUACGGCUAAGGCAGCCGCGUAUCCCGUAUCGCACCCAUAAGAAUUCCAUGUUGUUUGUUAGUCCCGGAUGUCAUUGAUCUGCUUGUAUAAGUAGAUAUGGUAUUGAUCGAUCAGCCCCUGGGUCCUGUAGCGAUCCCUCCCAGUCCUGAUUCCCUGGCCUGUUCAGCUGCUGUAGAAGCCCCUGCUAGCGGACUGGGGGAUGUAUGUGAGCUUGUCGUGUAAAAACCACCCUUGCUGUUCUUCCUCUCUUCACGACGCUGCCCUCGUUCUCUCCCGCCCCCUCCUUCCUUCCCCUCUUCCUUUCUCCUCUCCUGUUUUCCUGCUCUCUCCAGGCUUUUAACUUUCCCUUCAUCCUCUUCGGCCCUCCAUUUCUUUUCCGGACACAAACCCAGAGCCCUGCCCUCCAUCUUGCCUCCCCGUCCCUCCCUCUCUCUCUCUCUCUCUCUCUCUCUCUCUCUCUCUCUCUCUCUCUCUCUCUCUCUCUCUCUCUCUCCCUCCCUCCAUCCCCCUCUCCCCUUCCCUCCCACCAUCCCUCCCUCUCUUGCUCUCUCCUCCCUCCUGGUUCCUGUGUUCCUCUCUCAGUGUUAGUGCAGUUCUGAAUGGGAAACGUGUUUGCAUGCUUAUAUUAACAUGGAUGAUGUCAACUUGAUGCAAUGAAAAUUAACUAAGUGAUGCUUUAAGCAAAACCUGAAAAUGAACUUGAUACUAAUACUACUAAUGAUGAAAAUGGAGACCUAGCAAUCGUUUAUCUCUGUGAUCAAAACCACGAUGAUGAGUAACAUUGUUUAUGCUGUGUAUCUUAAAUUGGUAUUCCUGUUUUGAUUUAUUUUUUACUGUAUUUUUUAUAUGAUUUCUUUAGAAGUUUACUUUUUUAUGAGUUAAGCUGAUUUGAACAGGAGUGAGACAGUCAGUCAGGGUGAUUGUUUCAGUCAGAACAACUAUGAGAAAGAAGAGGUCAUGACCAAGAUGACAUGGGAGACCAUGUUGGAAGUGGUGUGGUUGAAGCUGAUUAUGGAAAUAAAGGAUAUGUAUCAUC